UUUGUUUUCAGAUAUUUUUUGAAAAUGACAUCACAAAAAAUUGUUGAGAAAGCUUCUUUUGACAAAGCUUACAACUUCUAUCGCAACAAAAAUGAUAAAGCAGCUAUUGGUGUGCUUCGAAAAUUAAAUCAAAAUGAGCCACGAGUUAUGGAACUUAAGGCACAAAUUGCCUAUAGAAUGAAAGAUUUUGAAGAAGCAAUGAAUUUAUUAAGAAAAUUAUUGCGAACACAAAGUGACGAAUUUGACGAAAUCCGCCGAUCAAAUUUUAUAGCAGUCCAAGCCCGUCUUCAUUCCCAAGGAAAUACUCAAGAAGUAGAUCUUGUUAGUCUGGAUAAAUUUAAUUUGAUGUUCAAUGCAAGUUGCCAUUUAAUUGCAAGUGGAAAAUUAACAGAGGCACAUGAAUUGCUUUGCAAGGCUUUAGAAGAGUGUAAACACUCUUUAGCUAAAGAGGGACUUGAUGAACUUGCUAUUAAAAGAGAAGAAGCUCCUAUUAGAACGCAAAUUGCUUAUGUUCUGAAGGAAAUGGGGAAUGACAAGGAAGCAUUAAAAAUUUAUCUACAAGUCUUGAAAACAAAAAAUUUGGAAUGGAAAUUAAGAUCAACAAUUUUGACUAACUUACAGGCUGGUUAUGAAAAGUUUGGGAAGCGUUGGAGAGCUAUAAAGCCAAAGUCUGAACUCGCGAAAGAACAAAACAAAGUUAAAAAGUCACUCCGAAAACGAAAACGUCGGUUGCCAGCAAAUUACGACCCUGCAGUUCAACCAGAUCCUGAACGUUGGCUCCCUCGACAGGAACGUACGGCAUAUCGUAAGAAAAUGCAUAAAAAAUUCAAGGAUCGGGAAAUUGGAAAGGGGACACAAGGAGCUGCUGCUGCAACUACUUCGGCUAAUAUUGAUUACAGCACGAAAUCUGCUACAGUUGGGACUGCUCCUGCACCAACAUCAUCAUCACAAGCACCACAAAAACCUGCAGAAGGACCUCGACAACAAAGACCAAACCAAGCCAAAAAGAUAAAGAAAAAGAAGGGGGGAAAAUGGUAAAUGCAUAUAAAUUAUUAGCUAAAUUGUGUUUUUUGUU